CAUUAUCACAGAUCUAUGCAGAAGAGGUCCGUCAGACCGACGAAGAGCUACGAGUUCAAGGAGUCGGACGGAUCUGUUCAGGGAAUGACUGUUUUCCAGUUGGACCGCAAGAUCUCCGAAGAGACCUAUAAGAUAGAGGCGCCCAACCGGUGGGUCACCGUUGACACCAACGGCGCCGUCAAAGUGAAGGAGACCUGGGAUUACGAACAGCUCUCCAAAGAGAAGACCAUCGACUUCUGGGUCUACGCUCAGGGACCACACCUGUCCGAACUGGAGCGGCAGAGGAUUAUCGUCCAUCUGAAGGAUGUGAACGACGAGAACCCUUACUUCAUCAACAGACCCCUUCCCAUGCAAGCGGUCGUCCAAUUGAAUGCACCGCCGGGAACGCCGGUCUUCAAACUGCAGGCCCGCGACCCCGACACUGACCACAACAUUCACUACUUCUUGAUUCGCGACAGAACCGGCGGACGCUUUGAAGUGGACGAACGCAGCGGUGAAGUGCGGACCCGAGGGGCCGAAGCCUUCAUGUUAGACAAGGAGUACGUGCUAUACGUUAAGGCCGAAGACCAUAACGGCCCGACCGGUGACCGACAGUUCCAGUCGACCAAAGAGGAGCGCCUGUCGAUUAUGGGCGGCAAAAGACCGCCACAAUUCUAUUUACCCCGAUAUGAGGCAACUAUUCCCGAGAACCAGAGAAAGGAUUCCGAUAUUAUUGAAGUUAAGGCCAAAUCGUUUGCCGACAGAGACAUCAGAUAUACACUGAGAGCUCAGGGCAAAGGCGCCGGUACUUUCAAUAUCGGUCCCACCACUGGUGUCGUGAAAUUAGCUAAAGAACUCGAUUACGAAGAGCUGAGACAACCCAAGACUUACUCUCUGAUUGUGACGGCAACUGAAGAUUCCGGCGGUUUCUCGACGUCCGUCGAGUUGACAAUCAAAGUGACGGAUGUGAACGACAACGCCCCCCGAUUCGAGUUACCCGACUAUCAGGCCCACAACAUCGAUGAGGACAUCCCGAUCGGCACUUCCAUUCUUCAGGUAUCUGCCAGUGAUUUGGAUACCGGAAAGAACGCGGAGAUUGUCUACUCUUUGGGUCGCGAAGAGUUCACUAUCGAUGAGAAGGGAAUCAUUUACUCAAACAAACGACUGGACGCCGACGUAAACAAUACAUAUGUGUUGACAGUUAAGGCCACCGAUAGGGGAGACCCGCCGAUGACCGGAACGGCAACCGUCAGGGUUUACACGGAGAACAAGAACGACGAGACGCCUAAAUUCAGUCAAGACGUGUACACUCCGAAUGUGGACGAAAACGCCGGACCCAACACUUUAGUGACUACUGUCGUCGCCAGUGAUAAGGACGGCGAUAACAUUCACUUUGGUUUCGUGGGCGGCGGCACCACUUCCGGCAUGUUUACCAUUGAGGAGCGGACGGGUGUUAUUCGACUCAUUCCCGGAGAGAUAGAGUUGGAUAAAGACAAGUAUGAGUUGAAUGUGACGGCCAGGGAUGACGGCUCCUGCUGUAAGAACGGAGCGCUCACUACACACACGAGCACUGCGUUAGUCGUCGUCUUCAUCACUGACGUGAACGACAAUAAACCCAUUUUCGAAGAGUGCAGUCUAUACGCCCCUCAGGUGGAAGAGGGCGCCCCCAGUGGCACACCUGUGGUCACUGUGAAGGCCACCGAUCAGGACAAGGGUCACAACGGACAGGUGCGCUACUCCAUCGUCCAGCAGCGGUUGGUUUUCCCGUGGUUUAAAGAACACCUGCUUCACUGCCCACUCUAUUUCUGGUUGUUUCACAAACUAGCGCUCCCGCUACUGCCGUCCAAGCAGUCGCAGUGGCAGUUCCGACAGCUGUCCCCUUCGCCUCCUCUGGAGGGCGUCUGUUCUUUUAAGGUAUGUUCCCAUUCCCAUUGA